CGCGUUUGUGUGUGAGUGUGUGUGUGUGUGUGAGAGAGAGAGAGGGAGAGAGGGAGAGAGCUGUUCCUAUCUUUUACCUGUUAAGAGUUUCAUCUUAAAUUCACAACAGACAUGGAACGCAUCCAGUUGAGACUGUCUCAUGUGGUACUCAUCACCACUAUAUUAUGUGCCACUGUGGAAAUAACAGAGACAUGUGAGGACUGGGACCUGCAUGGAAUUGAUCAAAUCUGUUGUAAUAGAUGCAGUCCAGGCUACCACGCGGUAAAGAGAUGUGCAAAAGAGCGCUCUGAACUCUGCGUGCCAUGUGAGCCUAAUACUUUCGCACUUCAGCAAACUUCCCUGGAGUGGAAGUGCAAUAGAUGCACUCAGUGUACAGGACCACAGGUCCAGCUGAAACCCUGCAAGGCCAAUGCGGACACUGUAUGUGGAUGCAAAUCUGGAUUUCGUUGUGGAGACGAGCGAUGUAAUUACUGUGUUACAGAGUGCAAAGAGGGUGAAGAGCCAACAGAUAAACGAAUUUGUAGAAAAUGCCCAAACGGAAAAUUCAAUGAUAAAAUCCACAGCACUUGUAAACCAUGGACUACCAGUUGUCCUAAAGGAGAGCAGAUUAUUUCCAAAGGUACUGCACUGAGUGAUAUUAAAUGCAGCAGGAUACCAGAGACCACUACUUCAUUCCCAAAAGAAACCACCACAACGAGCAUCCCAAAAAUAAGAAAUGAAAACUCGAAUAUAUAUGCACUGUUUGCCUUGUGUGGUGGAAUUUCUGGGCUCCUGAUCAUUUUCAUUUUAUCGCUGUGGCUUGCUGUGCAAAGAACAAAAAACAAGAGCAAGAAGAAGAGCAAGGACCUAAAGCCAAAUACUCCUAAACAAGAAGACCUUACUAUAAUGGUGGUGGCUCAUGAAGAACCCUGCAGCUUCCAUCAGCCAGAGCAGGAGCAAGGAGGCAGCUUGGAGUCCAUCAACACGCAAGACUCGGAAACGAAACUCAUAGUGUGAGAUCACUGGAUUACUUUUUGAAGGAUUUACUCAUGUUAAACUGGUGCAUUCCAGAGAUUAAACGCCGGACACAAGAAACUGGUGGAUUCCUUGGUAUACUGUUUACACACGAAAGGACGUCUUCUAAGUAAGAGCUGCUUAAAAUCUUAUUGGUAGGACAUCAUACCAAACAUUGACACGAGAUACCUUGUGCAGAAAAAAAAAGCAGCUACUUCUUCAACCUGCUCGCUGACUGAUCAUGUAGGAGUUAAGAUGAGAACUUGACGGUUCUUAUAGACGUGGGCGUCUCCUACAGACUACUGCGUCACAGCCCUCCUGAAAUACCCUGGUGGGCUUUCCCCCUGUUUCCUGCUUUAAAUGGCACUAUUUUAAAUGUCUCGAUUUACAAACUUGGACACGGUUCAGUGGGAAGAUGAUUGAAAAGAAAAGAAAAAAGAAAAAAAAAAAAAAGGGGACACAUCACUUCCUGGUACUGUCUUAUCUUCUAGGAAACAUGAUUUUGCAAACACUUUCUUACGAAAGUUUGAGCACCGGGACUCAACCUUGUGUAAUGGUACGAAGCUGACAUCUGUACAAAAUAUGUUGUAACGUGUGUAAUAUUCAGAGGGAAUUUUAAAACUUUCUGGAACAAGGAAAACGGUGUAUAGGGUUUCCCCUGAGAGCCCUUGUGUGGUGUAGAUCAGCAAGAAACAUGGGAGAAAAAAGAGGACUUGGGAGAAAUGUAACCUAAUGGACUACCUCUGCUUUUUUUCUUUUAAGUUUUAAUUGGCAAAGCUGGCUACAUAUCAAACGUGAACGUAAUCCAAGCCUUUAGUGAGUCAAGGGAUUCACUAGAAAACAAUAUACCAUGACUACUUAUUAUUGAACAUUCCAUCUGUAUUAAACACUUCACCCUUAUCAUUCUUUACCAAAAGACACUUCAUAUCUUCAGCAUGACCUGUACCUGAGUCACCUGAGGAAGCAUACCAUAAAUUCUUCUCUUUAAAGACUUCCCUUUUCACUGGCACCCUGGAAUAAUCUCAGUUCUCUUCAAGGUAGUUUCUUUUGGGAAAAUCCACCCACACUUGCAUUUAAAAAAAAAAAAAAAUUACACAACUACUUAUUUCAUAACAUUUAGGGUUUUAACUUUACUGACUAGGAAAGAUAUGAAGUCCCUUUAUCAGCAAGUACAACUGCUUAGGAAUCUCCCAAGUGACUGCUUUGCAUGCAUCUGAACCAGAAAUUGGAGUUUUUCUUUUGGCACAUACACAGCAUAAUGCCUCAUUCUUAACCAUAUUUACUUGUUAGAGGAACAGUAAAAAAAAAACAUCUAAAAAUAUAAAGUCAUAAUUUUUUACUUUUUUAUAUUGUUUUAGUCUACUGAAAAUAUUUUAUACAUUUAUAUAUAUAUUUUUUUGCCGUAUUUUGGCCCAAAAAAGUGUUUUAUACUUUUUAGUGUAUUCGCUGAAAUGUCUGUGCAAUAUUAUUUCUAUGUCAAAUAAAAAUGUAUUUAAAAAAUUUUUUCCUAAAAA